AGUGCUUUGGUUACUUUAACCAAGUCAGUAUCCAAGAACUGACAUCACAUACUUCUGAAAAAUAAGUAGGUACAAGUACAAGCAACUCGUACAAAAUAAAGCAAGCAUAGAUUCAUACAGCAAAGAGAAAAUCCACAGCAAUGGUGUCAUACGUGAGUGCAUUUUUUUACGGAGUUGGAGGCAUAGUCAUGGCCGGGAUGGCACUGUUGGUUGCUUUCCAAGAAAAGCUUGUUUACGUCCCGGUUCUUCCUGGUCUCACUAAAUCCUACCCGAUUACGCCCGCCAGACUUCGUCUUAGCUACGACGACGUUUGGCUUCGAUCCUCCGAUGGUGUUCGUCUUCAUGCCUGGUUCAUUAAACUCUUUCCCAAUUGCCGAGGUCCAACCAUUUUGUUUUUCCAAGAGAAUGCAGGAAAUAUCGCUCACCGUCUUGAAAUGAUUCGCAUAAUGAUACAGAGAUUGCGCUGCAAUGUGUUCAUGCUUUCAUAUCGAGGUUAUGGAGCAAGUGAUGGCUAUCCUUCUCAGCAUGGAAUUACAAAUGAUGCUCAGGCUGCAUUGGAUCAUCUUUCUCAGAGAACUGACAUUGACACAUCUAGAAUAGUUGUAUUUGGAAGGUCACUUGGAGGUGCUGUUGGUGCUGUCCUUACUAAAAACAAUCCUGAUAAGGUUUCUGCAUUGAUACUGGAAAACACUUUCACAUCUAUUCUGGACAUGGCUGGAGUUCUACUGCCCUUUUUGAAAUGGUUUAUUGGAGGCAGCUGUUCAAAAGGUCCCAAACUUCUUAAUUUUCUUGUACGUUCUCCAUGGAGUACAAUUGAUGUCAUUGGCGAGAUUAAGCAGCCGGUCCUUUUUCUCUCUGGAUUGCAAGACGAGAUGGUUCCACCAUUUCAUAUGCAAAUGCUGUAUGCUAAAGCAGCUGCUCAUAAUAAUCAAACCAAGUUUGUGGAAUUUCCUUCUGGCAUGCAUAUGGAUACUUGGCUGUCUGGUGGCGAUCACUACUGGAGGAUGAUACAGCAGUUCCUUGAUCAACAUAUUCCUGAGAAUAAAGAAACUGAAUCAUCAAGAAAUCAUACUGGUAUUCUUUCUUCCCUGAAUCGCCUUUAGUCUUGGUGUUGCAAACCACACCAGCCACCAGAUGGGAGCUGAAGUAACAAUUAUACUGAUGUUAUAUGAAAAAGGCCAAGGAAACAAGUGGAUUCAUUGAAUUGUUUUUGCCCUCAGACUUUGAAUGUCAAAUAUGAUGUUCUGUUCAGGCCUUUAGUUGACGAUCCAUUUAAGGGAAUCAAGUUAUGUUAAUAUCUGGAAGAAAGCCUUUUUCAUCAUUCAAGUACCAAACUUAUGGCCUGAACAGAACAUCAUAUUUUUUUUUCAUCAUUGCAAAAUGCUUUCUCUGCCUGUGAACCAUAAGAGAUAUGGUUUCUUAUCCUCACAAAACUUUAUUGGGGUAUAUUUUUCUGGUAUUUGUUUAACACCGAAUUGCAAAAUUGCUUGAACUUUA